AUACAAAGAAUGAGGAACCACAAGAAAAUCAGCAGAAGAAGAGAGCUAAAACAUCAACUCUUCCUCUGAGGUUAAUAAUAUAAGAUCAUAUCGACAACAUGGGUGCAGGUGGUCGGAUGUCGGAUCAAUCUGAGGGUAAGAAUAUCCUCGAACGUGUCCCAAUUGAUCCACCGUUCACAUUAAGUGAUCUAAAGAAAGCAAUCCCUGCUCAUUGCUUUGAAAGAUCUGUCCUCCGUUCAUCCUACUAUGUUGUCCAUGAUCUCAUCAUUACCUAUGUUUUUUACUUCCUUGCCAACACAUAUAUUCCAAUUCUGCCUACCCCUCUAGCUUAUUUGGCAUGGCCGGUUUACUGGUUUUGCCAAGCUAGCAUCCUAACCGGUUUAUGGGUCAUUGGUCACGAAUGUGGUCACCAUGCCUUUAGUGAGUACCAAUGGAUCGAUGACACCGUUGGUUUCAUCCUUCAUUCUGCACUCUUUACCCCAUAUUUCUCAUGGAAAUACAGCCAUCGAAAUCACCAUGCCAACACCAAUUCACUUGAUAACGAUGAAGUUUACAUUCCUAAACGAAAAUCAAAAGUCAGGAUUUACUCAAAGGUCCUUAACAAUCCACCUGGUCGAGUGUUCACUUUGGUUUUUAGAUUGACCCUUGGGUUCCCAUUAUAUCUCUUGACAAAUAUAUCUGGCAAGAAGUACGGAAGGUUUGCCAACCACUUUGAUCCCUUAAGUCCAAUUUUCACUGAUCGUGAAAGAAUUCAGGUUGUGCUAUCGGAUAUUGGUAUUCUUGGCGUUAUUUACGCAGUUAAGCUUCUUGUAGCUGCAAAAGGGGCUGCUUGGGUAGCAUGCAUGUAUGGAAUUCCUGUGAUUGGCGUACAUGUAUUUUUUGUGUUGAUCACGUACUUGCACCACACUCAUCUCUCUUUGCCUCAUUAUGAUUCAACCGAAUGGAACUGGAUCAGAGGCGCCUUGUCAACGAUAGAUAGGGACUUUGGAUUCCUAAACAGAGUUUUCCAUGACGUCACACACACUCAUGUCUUGCAUCAUUUAAUCUCCUACAUUCCACAUUAUCAUGCAAAAGAGGCCCGGGAUGCAAUCAAGCCAGUGUUGGGUGAGUUUUAUAAAAUUGACAGGACUCCAAUUUUCAAGGCUAUGUAUAGAGAGGCCAAGGAAUGCAUCUACAUCGAGCCAGAUGAGGAUAGUGAGCACAAAGGAACAUACUGGUACCAUAAAAUGUAACCAAAUCCAGAUGGACCCAAUGCAUCUGUAAUCUUAAAUUGUUCCAAUUUGUAAUUUGUAUAAUGUAAUUUCCUAAAGAGUUUACAGGCAGGUUGUGCUUGAUCACUCAACCAUAUAUUCUAAGUAUCUUCAUAUAUAUAGACUUUUCUUAUUUUGGGAACC